AUAAUAAUGUUGUCUUAUGCACAAUGAUCAAUGCAUUAUCUGAAAGUCCCUAGCCUUGGCCUGGAAUUCAGUCAGGUUUUUUGCUGGAUCCGCCUCUGUGUUCAGUCCAGCAAAACGAGUGCAGUUCAAUGAAUGGUGGUAAUAAAGUCACGCCCCCAAAAUUACAGUAUGGCCCAUCUUCGCAAAUGAGGCUGCUACAGGGAGUUGAGGUUACUGAAUCGUUGGCCUAAUCUUGUAACUUGCCAGCGUUUGUGUCACUAGUAAACCUUUGUAAGAAAGGAAAAUGUUAUUCUGUUUUUUUGUAUGUGAGAAUACUUCAGUUGUCCUCCCAAAGCAGGUUGGCUCUGUUCUGGAAUUGUGCAGAUUUUAUGUUAACUAGCUCAAAAAUUGAGAUGGAGGUUUUUAGUUACUUCAUGCCAAACGGCGUUUAUUGGCGAAACCGAGAUGUCAAGCAAGCCUUGUGUUACUUAUCGGUAAUAUGUCUUGUCAUGAUUGGAAUUUUCUUCUGCUUUUGGCCAAGCUCAUCUGCUACAAGUAAAGAGCACGUUAAAGUGCGAAUGGAAUCGAAUGACCGUGGUAACAGUUUGGAUAGGCCUGCUUGUGUCGCCCGAGAUGUUGCCCACGAAGCAGGGAUAGAAAACUGUGCUGACAACCACGAGGAGUUGUCGAAGCCGUUAGUUAGUCACAAGUGGAUCGAGUUUAAUAUUGCAAUCAUUUCUGAUUUGGAUGAAGACAAAUCUAAAGUUCCUGGGAAAAAGAGCACCUGGAGAAGUUUCUUCAAAAAAGGUGUUUUGAGAAAACAUUUUGAUGGAAAAUACUCUGUUGAAUGGAAAAAAGAGAAUACUGUACUAACAUCAAAAAUUUCAGAAAAAGGAAGGGGGCUAGAGCUGUCAGAACUUGCCAUGUUUCAUGGAAAACUAUAUACUGUUGAUGAUCGCACUGGAAUAGUGUACCAAAUAAAGGAUGGGAAAGUCAUUCAAUGGGUCAUAUUGCCUGAUGGUGAUGGCUCUGUUUCAAAAGGGUUCAAAGGAGAAUGGAUGACAGUUAAAGACAACACACUGUAUGUCGGUGGUCUUGGGAAGGAAUGGACAACGCCAACUGGAGAGCUUGUGAACUUUAACCCACAGUUUGUGAAAAGUAUUGGACCAUCUGGAGAUGUUGUCCAUCAUAACUGGAGAAAUGUUUAUGAAAGAGUCAAAACUGAACUAGGUAUUGUAAGUCCUGGCUAUGUUAUUCAUGAAGCUGUUACGUGGAGUAGUGCCAAGCGACGAUGGUUUUUCCUUCCAAGAAGAGCAAGUCAUGAGAAGUAUGAUGACCAAUCAGAUGAACGUAGAGCUACAAAUGUUUUGUUAUCUUGCAAUGAAAGCUUUGAGGAUUUCACUGUGGUCAAAAUAGGAGAAGUAAUCCCAACACAUGGCUUUUCAUCAUUUAAAUUUGUUCCAGGAACCAAUGACAAUAUAAUUGUUGCUUUGAGGAGCGUAGAAGAUGCAGGAAAUAUAAGCACAUAUAUUAUGGUUUUUAAAGUAGAUGGGACAAUUAUUUUGGAUGAAACAUUCAUCGACAAUGAUAAAUUUGAGGGAAUUGAGUUUUUAUAGAUUUCUUAUUGAAGGAAAGCAUGUGUCAAAAAUUUAUUUGUAAGUGAUGUUUUUGGUGAUAUAAAUCAUUGCAAAACUUGGAUAAGAAUAGAUUGAAAUUCUUCCAAUUUUCUUCAAAAGUUAUCCACUCUGCCCUUUCUUUAUUCA